AUGCAAAGUAGUGAAGGACGGCCUGGACGAGGCCAACCCGUCGGUCAAAAUGGCCUCGAGGACCGCCUGCGAAACCUGAUCCUCACCAAUGCGCCGCCUGGAACCAGCCAAGCUCAACCUUCGGAGACCCCGCGAACGGCUGCGCCUCUCCCUGGCGAUGCUGCCUCUGUGUCAAUUGCCGCCAAUGACAACCCUUCAGCUCUGCCCUCGGCGGACGGAAAGCUACCCGGCUCUCCAAAGGUAUCCAGGAAGCGUCCAAACCAAGCUCAAAGACGCCAGAUGAACGCUCAGCUAUCUAUCCCCAUCGACCCUAGACCUUCGCCGCCUGCCAACUACGGAAGACCAUUCUCCGGAUCCCCAAGCCAUUCACCCCAUCAACCUUCACUUCAUCAUAGUGGAGGCAGACCUCACCACGGCCCGCCUUACCAUGGCCAGGGACAAGCGCAAAGCCAGUACGGCGGUGUUCAACCUCACACGCCUAGGCAUACCGGACCCCGCCAUCCCGGAAAUGUCGAUACCUCGCGACACCAUAAUGAACAACAUCAAUUUGGACGCCAAGACAAUAAAUCACCCAGAUACCCUCGCAAUCCCCAUGGCCUACUCUAUAGCCCUCGGGGCUCCCACUACCAGGUUCGCCCCGAGGAGUUGGAAAACCAAUCAGUCUACCUGGAAGGAUUAUGCGGCACACUUGUUGCCGGGGCGGAGAUCGAGCGUGAUGACAUCCUCGAGAAGGAAAAGUUCCGCCUUCAAAUUGAGCAGGUCUGUCAGCUCGCCGUCUCCGAGUAUGAACAGAAAGAAAACAACGUCCAGAACUUUCCUCCCCAGUCAGUGGAGCUGAAGUGCUUCGGCAGUCUUUCCUCGGGUUUCGCUACAAAAGCAUCCGACAUGGACCUCGGCCUCGUAUCGCCUCUGUCACAGCCUCAACCAGAUGCUGCCGGCUCGCCGAUCCCCAGAAUCAUCGAGAAGGCGUUCCUGGAGCUCGGCCUCGGCGCCCGUCUGCUCACUCGCACCAGAGUGCCCAUCAUCAAGCUGUGCCAAAACCCACCCGAUAGACUGCGAAUGGAUCUAUUGGAAGAGCGAGAGAAGUGGGAGAAGGGCAUCGAUGACGCCGAACAUGCCGAUGGAGCUGAUGAGGACGAGCACGCCGACGGCGAGGUCGCACAUGGAAAGGAGACCACCGAUGACUCAACGGAUGACCCUGCUGCCCACAAGUCGGAAGUUUCUUCCCCUUCACUGCCCAGCUCCAAUGAGGCGAAGGCGCUGAAUCUUCGCCAGUCCGCCAACAUGUCACUUCCCGCUUACUAUAACUUAGCAAAGCGAAAGUUGAGACAACUUGGGGGCCGCGAUGUUACCGUUUCAAACUGUCGCGAACUCUCGCAGGAGGACUAUGUGCUGCUCACCAAUGUGUGUGAGGGGUUCUUCCAUGGUCUUCAGAAUGGUGAGCUGAAGGACAGGCUAUCGAAAUAUCUUUCCUUGUCCUUCAAGCCACUUCCCAACGUCCCGAACUACCGCGCGUUGGCAGGGGUGUACGCACAGAUGGAAGGCGAAAGGAUUGUCAUGCUCUGCGAGGACCAGAAGAACGUCGUUGUCGUGGGUCCAGAGGACACGGAGGGCGCCAGCCGAAUGCUCAUCUCUCAGUGGAAGGCGCUCCAAGACCAAGGGCAUUUUGGCAUCGAGCCACUGACGUACACGAAGCAGGUACAGCUGCUCCUCGAGAAGCUCAAGAAGCUCCCAGUUGCUCAGCUGCUCACCCUUGAACAAAGCCAGCACGAGGCUGCUGGUUCAUACCAUACCAGAGCCCAGAGGAUAGUGUCCCAGCUACGACCUCGAGAUGCGGACAGUCUGUUGGCCGCCCAGCAGCUGAUUGUCGACAAGUACACAGCCGGAAUAUGGACUAACAGCAUCCGCGCCGACGUCAAAGAAUUCAUUGGCCAAAUUCCAGCGAACCCGAGCAUUCUGGCCGUCACUCGCCGUCACAAGAGUCUGCAACUCGCAUCAGAGCUGGAGAAGGCCCUCGAGCACAAGCUUUACGAGAGCGCCCUCGAGAAGGACAUACGGGAAUACAUCUUCAUCCUCCGCGGCCCCAUGCGCAAGAGCAACGCCGAAGACCCUCACUACGACUACGUCAUCCCCGUCACGAAGGAAAACAUCGAGAUCAUCAAGCGCAUGCGUGAUAUCAAGGACCCCGCCAAGAUGUCCGUCAAUCAACCCCGCGAUCCCUACCGCGACAAGCUCGAGUUUCCCAAGUCCGGCGUCGGCGUCCAGUGCGACAUCAACUUCUCCGCCCAUCUUGCUCUCCAAAACACCCUCCUCCUACGCUGCUACUCCCACACCGACCCUCGCGUCCGGCCCCUUGUCCUCUUCAUCAAACACUGGGCCAAGGUACGCGGCAUCAACACCCCCUACCGCGGCACCCUCAGCAGCUACGGCUACGUCCUGAUGAUGCUCCACUACCUCGUCAACGUAGUCCAGCCCUUCGUCUGCCCCAACCUCCAAGCACUCGGCCCCCCUCCCCCUCCGGAGGGCGUGUCACCGGCGAUCAACGACGACGCAAUCAUGUGCCGCGGCCGCUACGUCGGCUUCUGGCGCGACGAGGCCGAGAUCCGCCGCCUGGCGCAGAUGAACCAGCUCAACGGCAACCGCGAGAGCAUCGGCCACCUCCUGCGCGGAUUCUUCGAGUACUACGCCCAGAACGGCAACAUGAGCACCUACCCCGGCCGGGGCUACGACUGGGGCCGCGACGUUCUCAGCAUCCGCACCCCGGGUGGCCUCCUCUCCAAGUCGGAGAAGGGCUGGACAGGCGCCAAGACGGUCAUCGAGUACCGCCCCAACGCCGUCAACUCCCCGAGCGCCGAGACCCCUUCUCCCGCCGCACAGUUCGCCCUCAAGUCCCCCGUCGACCCGCCUACGCCGACAGCUGGCGCCGCGGACGCGGCACAGGAAGCUGCCUCGCCCACCGUCGGCGGCAGUAAGCCCAACGCCACCGCAGCAGCGGCGGGCUCUCACAAGAACGGCGAGGUGAAGGAGGUCCGCCACCGGUACCUCUUCGCGAUCGAGGACCCCUUCGAGCUCGACCACAACGUAGCCCGCACCGUGACGCACAACGGCAUCGUCUCCAUCCGCGACGAGUUCAGGCGCGCCUGGCGCAUCAUUAAGGCGGCCGGUACGGGCAACUUUGGCGAGGAGCUGCUGCAGGACGUCGCAGCGGUCAAGGAGGAGGGCGAGAAGGGCACCUAUCUGCAGCUGUUGGAUGAGAUUCACGGGUGGGAGUUGUUUUGA